AUGCCGCCCAAACGUCCCAAGCUUCCAACUAGUAGUAGUAAUACACGGGUCCUCCGCAGUCAACAUGUUGAUGUCGCUGCUCCUAGGGCUCCUCGCAAGGCUAAGAAGGUCACACCAGUCCGGCAAAGAGAUGAAAGUGUUUCACAAUCAGAAUCUAAUGAAUCUUCCGAGAACGCAGAAGAAGUGGCGGUGCCAUGUCACAAAAGGACCCGGGCCAGGUUGCUCGAAAUUCUUGGCAAGAAAGUGAAGAAGAAACUGCGGCUUUCAACUUUCCGGAAGCCACUGACACUACCACCUCUACCUGAAGAUUUCAUAAUCAACCGUCCUUCAAAUCAACAGGUUGACUACAGUGAAUACACCAGUACCGAGCUAAUUGACAUGCUACAUACCGUAGGAGUAGAUACUAGAGGUUUUGACCAAGGCAACCUUUUGCAAAGUUGCCACUCAUACACCGACUUAACAAAAACCACUCUUGAUAUAACUAUCCAACAGGAGACAUCUACACACAUACCCGAGAACACCAGGACUAAUACAACUGAAGCUGGCCCUUCAGUCUCCUUCCUUCCAAGCUUAGAACAUCGCCGUUUUCUAUACCCUCGACCACUUCCUACCAACCUUCCAUCAACCGCUUCACUGUUGAAAACAGCUUGCAAUAAAGGGAAGUCAAAAGCAAAGUCAACAACCUCUUCUCAGUCUGAUUGGGCACCAUCAGAGGGCAUUGCAAACGACUUCGAUUGUGACUCAGAUUCCAAAAUUCCCCCAGCUCCAAACUUCGGAGAACAAACCACGUCUUCCACUCAUAGACCCGCAGACAACACCCGAAAAGACAGCUCGACGACUCCCAACAACAGACCAUUGGAUUUAGACACUCUUCAUAUUCUCCUGAUACAAAGUAACCAGAAGGUGGAAUCGCUCAAGACCAACUCAAAAGCCUUGACUCAAGUGGUACACAAUUUAGCUGGUGUGUAUGCCAAACAAGGUACUCCUCAACCAAAAAGAUGUGGUGGCCGCACAGCGGAUCUUAUGCGGUUUCACAUUGAUACUUUGAUUGGACUACCGGAAGGUUCAAAACUUCCAUCUGCAGCAAAUCCAACACAGACCAGUACAACGACCUCACCAGAAGAACCUUCUACCAGCGGCACUGAAGAAAACCUCGAUCCAUGCUUCCCACACAAGUACAGGCCUGGGCAUAAAGACGCAACUCCUCAGCAAAUUCAGAUCAUGCACCAAAUGCUUGCAGACUAUAAGGUUGUUUCUGUCGGUGGCAAGAAUGAGACCUUCAUCAAAAAGUGCUUGGAUACCUAUGUCCAAUUGCUAUCAAAGAGGGAUGGUGGAAAAGACUCUGGAUCAGAGAUUUUCCUCUCUCUUGUUUGUGAUCUCUCUCUCUGGGCCUAG